AUGGACCCUCCAUACCUACCACCACCUUUACUACAAGUUACCAGCUCUGGCAGUCCUAUUAGCCGUCCCUCUAACGACUCUGAGAUUCGUCUCGAAGGCCCGGAGACAGAGCAUCUCUCCAGUUUUAUCGACCGCUAUUCACCAUCGCCUAAUCUUCGAAAACAGCUCGGAUACAUCUUUCAACCCUAUCCCCAACUCCACUCUCCUUUGUCGACGAGUACGACGGGCUUGGAAAUAGAAGGAGUAGAUUCCCAAACACCUGCAGCUAGUAUCAUUGGAGUGGACCAAGGUGUUAAAUCGGUGCUUUAUAGUACUACUACUGCUACUACUACAGGUGUGAGACGAACUAGUGACCUACCUGGUGUUGACAUUUCUCCUGUUGAAAAUUAUCAUCUUGGAGCCCUUCAGCAUCUGAAGAAGCUUACUCCGGCUCAGCAUAUAGAUAUGGCUGCUCCGGGAGAGAUUAACGAGUGGGCUGGAACACUGCCGUUGGCUGCUGACCAACAUAGUGAAAGCCUCGAGUCCAAAGGACAGUUGGUUGACCCGGCCGAUUUGAGUUUUGAUGGGCCGGACGAUAAAAGAAAUGCUAGGAAUUGGAGUUUGAGGGAGAGGCUGAGCUUCGGGGCAAGUGUAUAUGCUCCUGCCGUAUUCGCGAUCCAGCGGGAAUACGGCGUUACCUUGACUCAAGCAUUAGCUGGGAUUACCACUUAUGUUCUGGGAAUGGCUUUUGGACCAUUGAUUGCUGGCCCUAUCUCGGAAAGCGUUGGACGCCGCGCUGUCUACUUCGUUGCUCUGCCAAUUGCAGGUGCUUUCACCCUCGGUGUCGCCUACGCUCCAAAUCUCGCUACUAUUCUAGCAUGCCGUUUCUUCUCCGCCAUGUUCGGGGCUUCUGUACUCGCUGUUGGUGCAGGUACAAUUGCAGAUAUCUGGGAUCUCCGAGGCACAGCAGCGGCCUUAAAUGCCAGCUGCCUUUUCCUAGCCAUGGCCUUCAUGGGCCCUGGUUUUGGUCCUUUGGUCGGGUUCUAUGUCAUAGCAGACGGUAGACACUGGAGAUGGACGAUGCUCAUUAUGUGCAUGUUGAUCCUCCCGGUCACCAUCCUUGUUUUCUUCGCUCGGGAGACCUACUCGAAGGCCAUUCUUGUAGCUGAAGCUAAAAAGCAGGGAAAAAUCAUUAAGAAACCUCCACCAAAGGAAGGUUUAAAACUACUUUUUACAGUAACUCUGUUUCGCCCCAUCAAGAUGAUAUUUUCAGAGCCGAUCGUAUGCUUCGUUUCAUUGUACAAUGGAUUUUGCUUCGCCGUUUUCUUCGCCUUCUUCGAGUCAAUUCCAUAUGUUUUGUUAUUCGAGUACCGGUCAUCUCAAAGAGGUAUGGGGAAUGCAUUCAUCUCCCUCUGGAUCGGCGUCCUGCUCGCAUCCAUCAUGUGUGCUCUCUUUGAGCGGUAUGUCUAUCAACCCCGACGGGAGACUCGCAUCGCAAAGGGCCUUCCCCCAAUACAGCCGGAGGAAAAGCUUUAUGCUGCAUUGGUGGGAUCGGUUCUUUUCCCUAUUGGGCUCUUUAUUUGGGCUUGGACUGCAAGAAGUGACAUUAACGUUAUCAUUCCGUUGAUCGGAUGCGUGUUGUUUGGUUGGGGUGCUGUUGCAACUUUCAUUGUCACGGCUGUUUAUUUGGUUCACAUUUACAACGACCUUCUUGGUGCUUCCGCCCUUGGAGCCAACAGCCUCGUCCGUUAUGUUAUGGGUGCCGCCUUCCCCCUCUUUACAGUUCAAAUGUACCGAAAUCUAGGCAUCCCUCACGCUGGAACUGUCCUGGCUGGCAUUUCUGUCGCCCUUAUGCCCCUUCCCUGGGUAAUAUUUGUUUACGGAGCAAGGCUCAGAGAGAAAAGCAAGUUUAUCAAUGAGGUGAGCGGCAAGGAGGUAGAGGACAGCGAUUCCCCAGGUGUAUAA